UGUCAACAUCAUUCAUAAUCAAGGCAAAAUUUGUUGUUUUACUGUAGUUACUAAUUAAAUUAUAAAUUUUGGAAUGCUGACACCCACUUCCCACAACAUGUCAAACAAUGGAUCAUAUUCUAAUGACCGUAGUAGCAGUAUCGAGCCGGAAUAUGCUGUGGAUCCAGCUUUGGGAGGAUUUUUUCACUCGGAUUUUAAAAAACACGAUGAUCUCAAAGAAAUGCUGGAUUCCAAUAAAGAUAGCCUUAAAUUGGAGGCAAUGAAAAGAAUAAUUGGGAUGGUUGCAAAAGGUAGAGAUGCUUCUGUACUGUUUCCGGCUGUAGUUAAAAAUGUUGUCUCCAAAAACAUAGAAGUUAAGAAAUUGGUUUAUGUGUAUUUGGAACGUUAUGCUGAGGAGCAACAAGACUUGGCUCUCUUAUCCAUAUCAACAUUUCAAAGAGCCUUAAAGGAACCCAAUCAAUUAAUUCGUGCCGGUGCUUUAAGAGUAUUAUCUAGUAUAAGGGUGAAAAUGAUAUCUCCAAUUGUUAUGCUUGCAAUUCGUGACGCUUCCUCUGACAUGUCCCCUUAUGUGAGGAAGACAGCUGCCCAUGCAAUACCAAAACUAUACAGUCUGGAUAGUGAAUUAAAGUCAGAACUGGUAACAAUCAUUCAAAAAUUAUUAGCUGAUAAAACAGUUCUUGUGAUAGGAUCAGCCGUUAUGGCUUUUACUGAGGUGUGUCCGGAAAGGGUCGACUUAAUCCACCAGGUUUACCGUAAACUUUGUGCCUUGUUAGUUGACGUAGACGAAUGGGGUCAAGUCACUAUAGUGAAUAUGCUUACUAGGUAUGCGAGAAGUCAGUUUGCAGACCCCAAUCUUAAUGCGACAGAAGAGAACGAUAAAGCUUUCUACGACUCAGGCUCGGACGCCUCUGAGAAAACAGUGCCUGUGAGCUUGGACCCGGACCACCGCUUACUGUUGAGGUCGACAAGACCUCUGCUUCAGUCGAGAAACGCCGCGGUUGUAAUGGCCGUUGCCCAGCUAUACCAUCACGCCUCGCCCAAAAGUGAAAGCCCCUUAGCCUCUAAAGCUUUGGUCAGGCUGCUUAGAUCGCACGCUGAAGUGCAGAGCGUCGUUUUAAAUUCUAUAGCUUCUAUCAGUUCGAGGAACAAGGCGAUGUUUGAGCCGUACCUGAAGAGUUUCUUCGUCAGGACAUCUGAUUACACCACAGUCAAGUUACUUAAGCUCGAGAUAUUGACUAAUUUAACGACGGACUCGAAUGUGUCCGUUAUUUUAAGGGAAUUGCAGACUUAUAUAUCUAAUAGUGAUAAGAAUUUUGUUGCUGCCACUAUACAAGCCAUUGGAAGAUGUGCCUGUUCAAUAUCUGAAGUCACAGACUCGUGCCUUAAUGGUUUGGUUUCACUCUUGUCCAAUAGAGAUGAGGCGGUUGUCGCGGAAAGCGUAGUAGUUAUAAAAAGGCUGCUGCAAACUCAAGCAGCGGAUCCGAAGGAGAUAAUCACACACAUGGCUAGACUGUUGGAUAGUAUAACAGUGGCUCAAGCACGAGCUGCUAUUUUGUGGUUACUUGGUGAACACUCUAAGAAGGUUCCUAAAAUUGCACCGGAUGUUCUUAGAAAAUUAGCUAAAACGUUUUCCGAUGAGCACGAUAUUGUUAAGUUACAAGUGAUGAAUUUGGCUGUAAAACUAAGUAUAACAAACCCUGAGCAAACUAUGUUGUUAAGCCAGUAUAUCCUUAAUCUGGCAAGGUAUGAUCAAAAUUAUGAUAUUAGGGACAGGGCUAGAUUUUUAAAGCAGUUUAUUCCACCUGGGGAAAAUAAUUUCUUCGCAAAGCACAGCAGUAACAUUUUUUUGGCCAACAAACCUGCUCCUUUACUUCAAUCACAGUUUGAUCAGGAAGAAUUACAACUAGGAUCUCUGUCACAUUAUAUAAAACAAAGAGCGACCGGUUAUGAGGAUUUGCCACCAUUCCCUGAACAUCCCCCACAAACUGAUGUAAGAAACGUUGAACCAAUCGCCGAGUACAAUCCAAGACAAAACAAAAACUCUGAAAAGAAGGGGGUAUUCACAUGGGAAAGUGAAGCCAGUUCCCCGGCUGAAAGCAGUUCAGGUACGUCCGGUAGCGAAUCCAGCAGCAGUGAGGAGGAGUCAUCCGAAGAAGAGGAGAGUUCCUCAGAAGAAGAGGAGGAAGAAGCAGAAGAAGCUAAGAGCACAAAGACGUCAUCAAGCGAAGAGUCGAGCAGCGAGGAGUCGAGUUCGGAGAGCAGCGACGACAAUCCACAGCCCAACUACAAGGCCAAACCGCAAAACACCCCGGCGGAGAAGACGCAGAAGUCAAACCUGGACCUAUUGCUGGACCUGGAAGGGGACGACGGUGUAAGUUGUGCGCCUGUUAUGACGCCCUCUCUUGGGGGUUUUCUGAGCCCCAGCGUGCCCUCUGAGCCGUCCACCACCAUGCACGUGGUGCAGCCGUCCUUCGUCAACACCAAACCGGUCGAGUUGCUCAAUCGGCUGAACGGCAAAGGGCUGUCCGCCACCUACAGGUUCACCCGGUGUCCCCACUUGUACUCGCCCAGCAUGACGAAUAUUAACGUGUUGUUCACGAAUACCGGCAACGAAGACGUCACUAACAUCAGGUUGGGGAAGAAGAACUUGGCGGCGGGCAUGAGUGUGCACGAUUUUGCGUGCAUCACGAGGCUGCCUCCCAACUGCUCUCUACCAGCUACUUUAGGGAUUGAUUUUAAUGACACGACACAGCCGGCUAACUUUGAGAUAACGUCUUCCUUAGGUAAUUUCAAUGUUUGUAUAAAACCAUCAAUUGGUGAGCUUUUGAGGCCUUUAACCAUGAGCAGUAGUCUAUUUUUGGAGAAACAAUCUAAGCUGAAAGGUAUGAACGAGCAUACCUCAAACCUGAGCAACUGUAAAGGAAAUAUUGUCGAAAGGAUUAAUGAAAUUACCAAUUUAGGACAAUGUCAAACGGAUUCCGACGUUUUUAGAUUUGCAGGACAAACACUGACUUCUUCAAGUUUAACUCUACUCACCGUUUCCCGAAAGGAUGAAGAUCAACCAUAUACUCUUACAGUGAAUUGUGAAAAUACUAUUUUUGGAUCUGUUCUUCUCAAUGAAUUGUUACAUAGCCUAGUAACGUAAAACUGAUGUUUAUUCUUGAUGUAAAGUUUUUAUUAAAUGUUUUUUUUAUAUAUUUUACAUUCCUAAGAUUGUAUAUGUUAUUUAAAGCUUUAAAUUGUCAAUAAUAUAUUACUUCAUAAAAACUGUUGUUUAAAAAUUUUAUUAUGUAAAUCGCCAAAUGAACAAACUUGGGACAAUUAAACUGUAAGAGUAAUAACUCUGAAAUAUAAUACUAUUUAUUCAA